AUGUCAUCCGCCCGAGUGCCUGUUUGGUUGGAUUGCGAUCCGGGCCACGAUGACGCCUUCGCCAUCCUGCUGGCCGCUCACCAUCCCCGAAUCAACCUGCUGGGCAUUUCGACAGUUUUUGGAAAUGCUUCCCUCGAACACACGACGCACAAUGCCGCCUCUCUUCUGACGGCGUUUGGCAAGCACAACGACAUCCCCCUCUACGUCGGCCUCAACAAGCCGCUCGAGCGACCGCCCCUGCACGCGCCGACCGACAUCCACGGCGACAGCGGCCUCGACGGCACCGAGCUGCUGCCGGCCCCGAAGUGCACCCCGAAGCCGGAGCCGGCCAUCGAGGCCAUGGCCGCGGCCCUCAAGGCGCAGCCCGCCGGCACGGCCUGGCUCGUGGCCACGGGCACCGUCACCAACGUCGGCGCCCUCUUCCGCCGGUACCCGGAGCUGGUGUCGCACAUCAAGGGCCUGAGCAUCAUGGGCGGCUCCAUCGGCGGCGGCUUCUCGGACGCGCCGCUGGGCAGGGUGGACGGCAAGGAGCGCAUCGGCAACACGACGCCGUACGCCGAGUUCAACAUCUUUGUCGACCCGGAGGCGGCCGCCGAGCUGUUUGACAACAAGGAGCUGGCGGCCAAGAUGUACAUGGUGCCGCUGGACCUGAGCCACCAGGUGCUCGCGACGGAGCAGGUCCGGGAGCUGUUGCUUUACGGCAACGACGGAGGGGAGGAGGAGGAGAAGAAGAAGAAGACGGGCAAGGGCAAGACGGAGCUGCGGACGAUGCUUGUCGAGCUGCUCUACUUUUUCGCCAAGACAUAUGCCGACGUCUUUGGCAUCACCGCCGGCCCGCCGCUCCACGACCCGCUCGCCAUGGCCUUUGUCCUGCUCGGCACCCCCGACGAGAUCCCCUUUUACGACUGGGACGAGAAGAAGAGCCAAGGGCCGAAGCACCACGAGCGCUUUAACGUCACCGUCAUCACCGAGGGCACCACCGAGGAGGCCAAGCGCGGCGAGAAGCAGACCGGCCGGACCAUCGCCAAGGCGCUGCCCGCGGGCGAGGCGGGCGUCAUGAUCCCCAGGGGGGUGGACGUCGAGCGCUUCUGGCAGGUGAUUGAGGAGUGCAUCGAGAGGGCGGACGAGACGAACCGGCAGCUGAGCAAGUGA